GCUUGUCUUUGCCCUCAGCAUCGGAGCCCUUGUAAUAUACUUCAUAGAUUCCUCUGACCCCAUCGAGUCCUGUCAGAACUUCUACAAAGACUUCACGCUACAGAUUGACAUGGCUUUCAACGUCUUCUUCCUCUUGUACUUUGGUCUACGGUUUAUUGCAGCCAAUGACAAGCUGUGGUUCUGGCUGGAGGUGAACUCAGUGGUGGACUUCUUCACGGUUCCCCCAGUGUUCGUGUCUGUCUAUCUCAACAGAAGCUGGCUUGGCUUGAGGUUUUUAAGGGCCUUAAGAUUGAUACAGUUCUCAGAAAUCUUACAGUUUUUGAACAUAUUAAAAACAAGCAAUUCCAUAAAACUGGUGAACUUAUGUUCAAUCUUCAUAAGUACAUGGCUAACAGCGGCAGGCUUCAUACAUCUGGUGGAAAACUCAGGGGAUCCUUGGGAAAACUUCCAAAAUUCCCAAGCACUUUCCUACUGGGAAUGUGUCUACUUGCUCAUGGUUACUAUGUCCACUGUGGGCUAUGGAGACGUGUAUGCAAAAACCACCCUGGGACGACUUUUCAUGGUCUUCUUCAUCCUUGGUGGUUUGGCCAUGUUUGCGAGCUACGUCCCUGAAAUCAUAGAGUUAAUAGGAAACCGCAAGAAAUAUGGUGGUUCCUAUAGUGCGGUUAAUGGGAGAAAGCACAUCGUGGUCUGUGGUCAUAUAACACUUGAAAGUGUGUCCAACUUCCUUAAAGACUUCCUACACAAGGACAGGGAUGAUGUCAAUGUAGAAAUUGUUUUUCUCCAUAAUAUUUCCCCUAAUCUUGAGCUGGAAGCCUUGUUUAAACGCCACUUCACCCAGGUGGAGUUCUACCAGGGAUCUGUUCUCAACCCACAUGACCUGGCCAGAGUCAAGAUAGAGUCAGCAGAUGCCUGUUUGAUCCUAGCUAAUAAAUACUGUGCAGACCCUGAUGCUGAGGAUGCCUCCAACAUCAUGAGGGUGAUAUCCAUCAAGAACUACCACCCAAAGAUCAGAAUCAUUACCCAGAUGUUGCAGUACCACAACAAGGCCCACCUUCUGAACAUUCCCAGUUGGAACUGGAAGGAGGGUGACGAUGCCAUUUGCCUUGCUGAGCUGAAGCUGGGCUUCAUAGCACAGAGCUGUCUGGCUCAGGGCCUCUCCACCAUGCUGGCCAACCUCUUCUCCAUGAGGUCCUUCAUCAAGAUUGAAGAGGACACCUGGCAGAAGUAUUACCUGGAAGGAGUAGCCAAUGAAAUGUACACUGAGUACCUGUCUAGUGCCUUUGUGGGCCUAUCCUUCCCCACCAUUUGUGAACUCUGCUAUGUGAAGCUAAAGCUGCUACUGAUUGCUAUCGAGUACAAGUCAGAUAUAAGGGAAAGCAGCACCCUCAUCAACCCUGGGAACCAUGUGAAGAUGCAGGAAGGCACCCUGGGUUUUUUUAUCGCCAGUGAUGCCAAAGAAGUAAAGAGGGCACUUUUUUACUGCAAAGCUUGUCACGAUGACAUCACAGAUCCUAAAAGGAUAAAGAAAUGUGGAUGCAAACGAUCAAAAAAUAACUAUAACGGAUAUAUCAAAUCAAUCGAAGAGGAGCAGCAGUCGACACUGUCGCCUAAAAAGAAACAACGCAAUGGAAACACCAGGAACUCGCCCAACGGUUCACCCAAAAUGAUGAGGCAUGACCCUCUCCUCAUGCCGGGGAAUGAACAGAUUGAGAACAUGGAUGUGAACGUGAAGAAAUACGACUCCACAGGGAUGUUCCACUGGUGCCAGUCCAAAGACAUCGAGAAGGUCAUCUUGACCAGAAGUGAAGCAGCCAUGACUGUUCUAAGCGGCCACGUGGUCGUCUGUAUAUUUGGAGAUGCGAAGUCGGCUUUGGUGGGCCUUAGGAACCUUGUGAUGCCUCUGAGAGCUAGCAACUUCCACUACCACGAGCUGAAACCCAUCGUGUUUGUGGGUUCUCUGGAGUAUCUAAAGAGGGAAUGGGAGACCCUUCACAACUUCCCCAAAGUCUCCAUCUUACCUGGCACACCAUUAAGCCGGGCCGAUCUGAGGGCUGUCAAUAUCAACCUCUGUGACAUGUGUGUCAUCCUGUCGGCCAAUCAGAACAAUAUCGACGACGCGUCACUGCAGGACAAGGAAUGCAUCCUGGCGUCACUCAACAUCAAGUCCAUGCAGUUUGACGACAGCAUCGGGGUCUUGCAGGCUAGCUCCCAAGGUUUCACUCCUCCAGGCAUGGACAGGUCCUCUCCUGAAAACAGUCCAGUUCAUGGGGGGUUGGCCCGACAGGCUUCCAUCACAACAGGAGCCAACGUCCCCAUUAUCACUGAACUAGUGAAUGACUCCAAUGUUCAGUUCCUGGACCAGGAUGAUGAUGAUGACCCUGAUACAGAGUUGUACCUCACUCAGCCCUUCGCCUGUGGGACGGCCUUCGCAGUCAGUGUGCUGGAUUCCCUGAUGAGUGCGACAUACUUCAAUGAUAAUAUCCUCACCCUGAUCCGGACGCUGGUAACAGGGGGGGCCACUCCGGAGCUGGAGGGUCUGUUGGCGGAGGAGAACGCGUUACGAGGAGGCUACAGCACGCCGCAGACCCUCGCUAACCGGGACAGGUGUCGCGUGGCACAGUUAGCCUUGUACGACGGGCCUUUCGCUGACUUGGGAGAUGGUGGUUGCUACGGUGACUUAUUUUGUAAAGCAUUAAAAACAUACAACAUGCUGUGCUUCGGAAUUUAUCGAUUAAGAGAUGCACAUUUAAACACACAAAGUCAUACAAGUCAAUGCACUAAACGGUAUGUGAUAACCAACCCGCCCUAUGGUUUUGAGCUGGUGCCAUCAGACCUGAUCUUCUGCCUGAUGCAGUUUGACCACAACGCGGGUCAGUCCCGGGCCAGCCUCUCCCACAGUUCCCACUCCUCCCAUUCUUCCAGCAAAAAGAGCUCCUCCGUCCAUUCUCUCACUGCCACCAACCGCACCAACCGUGCCAAGAGCAGGGACUCACGGGAAAAACAGAAUGCUACAAGGAUGAAUAGAAUGGGCCAAGAAAAGACUUGGUUUACAGAUGAGCCUGAGAACGCGGCCUACCACAGGAACAUUGACAUCAAGCCAAUGAGUACUGGUCACAGUAGUCACACAGCCAAUCACCAGGUCAACCAGAACCCUUACAAAUCCACCAACAACCAUAUUCCAUCCAUCAGAGAGGUGGAGGACGAAUGCUGAACUACAGAACCCCAUAUUGACACCUACAGUAGAACCCACCUGGAGAACACCUGGAAAAAACCUGGAAUUAUAACCCAAGAACAUUUAGAACCCACCUAGAGAACACAUGGAAAGACACCUAGAACCUGUGGAACUGGAACCUGAAGAACAACUGAAAGCUAGAAUCCUUAGUUGCUUUAAUGAUAAAUACCCAUUGAUUCUUGAAGAAUAUAACUUAAAAAUGCCUCAUGAGCUUAGUUCAACUGUUGUACCCAAUCAGAACCCAAUAUAUACGAUUGUUUUACUCCAAUGUUUGUAUACAAUGUAAAUGUAAACAAACACUGUAUAGCCUCUAAACAUGGUUAAAACU